AUGCGGGGUGUGGGCAGGGGGCGGCGGCUGCGAGUCUACCUUAUUCCUGAGGUCCUCUCACGCAUUCACGCCACGCUUGGCGGUGCGACGGCGGGCAACCGUCGCCUUGACAUCCCUGCCUGGCUCUUGCUCAACACAAUGCAAAUGGAGAGUUUGCAGUUUAUCAAGCUAAGCAUGCAGGAGCUGGCAAACGUGUGGCGCAAGAAAGCUCUGCAGUGCCUCCUAGCAGAUUCCAUGCACUUCCAUGCACAUCGAGACCUCUACACUGACAUGGCGCGUUCCCGGCGGUUUCACAUGCAGCGGCCAUGCGUGAGCGUCGUGGAGGACUCACCACCGCUGCCCAACGUCUCCCUCCUCUGCGCUGCGAUUCAGGAAUUUCGUGAACCGGUUGCGUACCCGGUGGACUCGUUUAUUGGCACCCCCGUUCCGUUCCUGCUGCACUUAGUGGAGCACAUGCAAGAGAGGCCGCAGGCACUCAUUGCCGGCGAUGCGGUGUCGCAGCAGUUUCUUGACGAUCUCAUACGGCGCUUGCCCUCCUCGCUUGCGAUUCGCAGGACGGAAUUGACGGCCGCAAUGGGUGCAGACGCCUCCAAGAACUUAGACUCCGAGGUCGUGCACGGAGCAGGAGCAGGAGGAGCAGCGGGUUUCUGUGGCGUCACGUGA